AAAAAUUUAAAGUUUAUAGAAGUAGUUGGUACUUACUCUAGUAUUUAUACACAUACACUCUCUUUGCCAGUUCCAACCUGCAAAUAUUUAAUGCCUCAUAAAAAUGCUAUCGUUACGGUAUCUAAGUCAUGGAUUUAGAAAAUUAUUUGGAAACAAAGAAUUAGUGCAUUCAUUGCAACCCAAUGUACGUACCAAAAGUAGCAAAACCUUUGGUCAGCCAACCUCAUUUACACGGCCGCAUAUAUUACGACCAGGAGAACUUACACCUAAAGUAAACGCAGAUGAAUACAGAGCGAGAAGGGAUAAUGUGGCUGCGCUUAUGCAAGAAGGAGAUUUAUUGAUUACCACUUCUGCUGCAGUGAAGUAUAUGUGCGGUGCAGCCUUCUAUGAAUAUCACCAAGACCCAAACUUCUACUAUCUAACCGGUUGCUUGGAACCUGAUUCUAUCCUUCUUAUACUCAAAGAAAAAGAUAUGUUUGAAAAUUAUAAGCUUGCUUUUUUCCUUCCACCUAAAACUUCAUAUGCGGAAAAAUGGGAGGGCUUUCGCACAGGCAUUGAAAAUGGAAAGAUUUUGUUCCAUAUUGAAAAUAUCCAAGAAAAUUGGGAAGCUCCGUUUGUGAUUGAAGAAUUUGGUAACAGAUGCAAACGGGUAUUCUACAAUACACAAAGAGGUUAUCCUUAUAAAGAUCCCGUAGCUUCUUCUCCAGACGUUGUUCGCGAUAAAAUUCGGGAAUUGCAGGAAAAAAAACCGUUUAGAUCAGCUAAUGAGCUUCUGCAUCCGUUGAGAACAAUUAAAAGUGAAAGUGAGAUAGCAUGUUUGCAACACGCAGCAAAUAUAAGCGGAGAUGCAUACAAGGAAGUUAUGGCGAAAGACUUUUAUGAAGAAAAUCAACUUGCUGCUGAGCUCGAAUAUAGAUUCAAAAUGGGCGGUUGCCAACGAUCGGCUUAUGUGCCUGUUAUUGCCGGCGGAAGAAAUGGACUCUGUAUUCACUAUACAUCAAACGAUGAUGCUUUCCAACAAAAUGAUAUGGUGCUAGUAGAUGCUGGUGGUGAAUACGGAGGAUAUGUUACGGAUAUCUCUCGAACUUGGCCGACUGGAAGAGGGUUUACUCCAGCCCAACGAGAUCUUUACCAAGCUGUUUUGAACGUACAAAAGAAGUGCAUAGAUUUGUGUACUAGCAGUUCAGGAUUGAGCUUGGCGAGAAUCCACUACGAAAGUGCUGUCUUGUUGAAAGAGGAGUUAAAGCAAAUUGGCAUAUACGGUUCCAAAUCGGAAAUUGAGGACGUUUUAUAUCCGCAUUCCAUUGGUCAUGAAAUUGGCUUAGAAAUUCACGAUUGCUUUUCAAACAACAGUUUUUCACCUUUGAAGAAAAACCAGAUCGUGACCAUUGAGCCUGGAAUUUAUGUUCCUGUCAAUAACCGUUGGCCAAAAUGGGCGCAGGGAAUUGCUAUUCGCAUUGAAGAUAGUAUCCUAGUGGGAGAACAAGAGCCUAUAGUACUAACCAAAGAUGCACCGAAGGAAGUCAAGGAAAUUCAAAAUUUACGUGAAAGCGCCGCAUGGUAAUUUCUGUUUCUUUGUUAUUUUAUUUUUUUUGAGGAUUAAGGUAUAAUUUAUAUUAUGGUACAAUCUGGAAACCAAAAAAAAAAAAAAAGAAGAUCUGAGGUCAAAAAAUGGUAUAUUGGUACUAGAUGCUUCCCUAGAGGUAUUCUUUAAUGAAAUGAACAUUUAUUUUUAAAACAAA